GUACCUCAUUCGGAUCGUACUUAGCAUAUGUAAUUGACCGAUGGUGAGUAAGUUGCGUUCUUACUGACUUGAGCCUCAGCGGGCCGACUCUUGGAUCGUCAUGCUCGCAAAUCUCAACCGCAAAAGUGAAUAUCCAAGAGACCAGGGAAACAUUGCAAACCUCUGAAAAGGUAUCAUUAAUGCACUUUGCCUAUGUCUACAUCUUGUAUUCACGGAGCUGGAAGAUAUGUUCCAUGCGCGAUGUGGGGAGCUUGUGGGACGUCUAGAAACAACCAAUUGAAACUAGAUGGUGACAUGUUUCUUGUCCUCCGGGCUUGGAUACAACUCGAGGAAUUCACUUCUAGUGGGCGACCCACAGCGUUGCCUGCGAAGACGAUGUCUUGGUCUCGGUAUCGCUGUUUAAUUCUUCUUUAUUUGUUUAUUACUUUUGUCAUGUGGCUGGCUACCCGCUGAUCGCGAAUCCAAACCACCUAAUGUUGAUGCAACUCGAUG